UGACCAUAUUUAGAAUUCCCGCCUAUUGCCAUCAAAGAUUCAGCGUCAAUCCUGAAGUUCGUGUUCGUUCUCACCAUAUCCAACGAUGUUCGCUGUCCCGCCCAUAUCCCCCGUGCACAGCGCGCUCCAAUUAACUCCUGACCCGCGAUGGGCGCGGGAAGUGCAUAAGUAACUUCCCGACGUUCCCUGGCGGGCUAUAAAAGACUCGCAGCUUAGCAGUCGAGUCAUUCAGCAUACUGCGGUUCCCCACAGUCCCGCCCUCCCGCGCCUGAUUCCUUCUGACUCGUUCAACCUCUCCGACUCUAAUAUUAAACGAUGCACUACCGGAUUGGCUCCUCUAGCUCUUCAUCCAACCACAAAUCCUGGGUUAUGCACAAUGUACAAUCUGGCCCCAGUAGCCAGGCCUUCCAAGGCCAUUCAUCUAACUCUUGGUCUUCACUCCCGGCGUCGUCCUCAGUACCAAUCCCACAUGCACCGCAUCUCCAUACGGUAUCGCUCCCACACCCCAAUGCAGCAUUAGCAUCGCAUCAAUCUCCUAUGUCGUACCAACAUUCUUCCACACACCGCUCUUCAAUGAUAGUCUUGCACUCACUCUUGAGCUAUGGUCCCAAUUUAAGAUUUAAUGUCACGCGAGACCUGGCACAUGUGCAACUGCGACCAGGCUGUCCGCCUACCAUGCUUCAGGAGCUUGCGGUACACCCGCCAGUUUCUCAUAUGACCAUUACUACUUCUGAGCUUCCUGCUUGGACGAUAGAGGUUGUAAACCCUCGCGGCGUCACUGUAAAUGAUGUCCUUUUCAAGAUACGUGAAAUGCUCAACCGGAGUGUUGCGUCACAAGAGAUGCAGAGAUCCUCCCGUGCGGCCAGUGCUGCUAUUGAAUCUUGCAGGGCCAGAUCUCGCGCGGACCCGCGCGAAUAUGCGCAGGGCGUGAAGCGUGUUGACUUUUUGGGCCCGAAAGUUUUCUUUGCUGGCCUCGCCAGAGCUCGAGAUGGCUCGGACAGCUGGGAAAUUCACUUCUCCCAUAGUGCUUGAUCUGUGAUCUCGCCGUGCGCGUCGCAUCGGCUUGUUCCUUAUCUUUCAACACAUUGAACCUUGGUAUCUGGAGUUCAGUUCCAAUGGACUUUAAUCGGAUCUCAUCACUGGACACUGCCAGCUCUAACUUUACUUGGUAUCGUGCCGUCACCAUUCACUUCUACCCCUAAUUUUGUUUUUAUCGCUAUCUUGCUGUAUCUCACUCUGCAAAGUUUUUUUUUUUGGAUUCAUGUACCGGAAUAGUUUGGAUAGAUCACUUUCAUAUACCAGGACACUUGUAGUUUUACCACUUACUCCAUCCCCACCCCAAUGCAAUGUAUUCGUAUUCAAUAUUCAACUUCAACCGAGUGGAACGAAAAUGCCUUUGUCUGCCAGAGUUUUACCAUCAUCAUUAGCAACGAAUGUAUUCGUCAGUUCAACAGGGAUGCCGCUCAGAAAUAAGGAAUCAACCU